AUGUCGGGCCCUAUGCCUGAUGUGCACGGCUCUGCGGAUAUCACCGCAGAGCCUAACCUAGAGUCACGGUUGGUUAUAGCCCUUCAAACUCGUAACACGAGUAAUGAUACUGAUGCCUGUGCCUCUCUUUCUUUGCCGAAAACAGAACAAGAUUCAGUUCUUUCUUCUGAAAUCAAAGACCGUGUGGCUCCCAAUGUCGCUCGCAGUAUACCUACCCCCUCGGACGACGAUGACGGCCGUGUGGCGACCGAAGAUGAAGUGCGCGAUCUCCUUCAUGUCGUUGACGAAAUUCCGGUUCGGCUCUGGAUAGCAUGCAUCGCAGGUAUUCUGGAGCGAUUUGUCUGGUACGGAGCAACUGCUCCUCUACAGAAUUACCUGCAAAAUGCACCCGGUGGUAAGGUACCAGGAGCACUGGGCUUUCAUCAGGCGACUGCGUCGAACAUUGUUAAUGCAUUGAUCAUUGGGUCUAGCAUUGAGGCCAUCGGGGCAACUAUUCUUUUUGCGACGUCCUUACCUGUCGCCAUUCGCGAGGGGGCAACUUUGCCCGGGGUGGUGCCUGCCUGUAUACUGCUGGCCGUUGGAUCAGGGGCAUUCAAAACUACUGUAGUGCCGUUUAUGGCCGACCAAUAUGACGAGGCCGAGUUUCGAAUCAAGACUCACAAAAACGGAGAGAAGGUUGUCACUAGCAGGGAGUUGACCAUUACCUAUAUCUACAACGUCUUUUACUGGGCUAUUAACGUUGUGUGUUUUGUGGCUGAUGCCACGCCGUUGUUGGAACGCUAUGUUGGCUUUUGGCUUGCUUACCUGAUUCCAUGCUGCGCCAUGUGGUUAGCCCUGAUCCCGAUGCUAUUCGGUCGCAAGUACUUUGUUCGUGAAUCGCCAACAAGCAACAUUAUGCCCCAGGUAUGUGCUGCCUUGCGAUGUGGUAUCACCGGAGGCUUCAAAAUGGAUGCCGCAAAGCCAGACGCCCAGAUUCAUCAACAUGGUCGCCAGGUCCCCUGGACAGACUCAUUCAUUGAGGAGAUUAAGAGAAGUCUUCUGACAUGCCGAAUAUUGAUUCUGUUCCCUAUCCACUGGCUAUGCUAUAACCAGACAUUCAAUAACUUGAUAUCUCAAGCUGGGCAAAUGGUCACGUAUGGUAUUCCGAACGACAUGAUGAAAAUUGCUGGGCCCAUCUCGGGGAUCAUCGUUGCGCCUGUCAUUCAGAAAGGACUCUAUCCUUUCCUUACGAAGAGACGAGUCUCAUUUGGACCAAUUGCACGAAUGACAGUCGGAUUCUUCUUCUUGACUCUAUCGAUGAUUUACACCACGGUGGUUCAGAUGCUUAUCUACCAGGUCGGGCCAUGCUACGAUACACCACUUGCGUGUGCUGCUGCCAAUGAUCGCACUGUCCCCAACCAGAUUUCAGUCUUUCUCCAAAUCCCGACGUACUUUGGGGGAGCAUUGGCGGAGGUGUUUUGCCUCACCACUGGAACCGAGUAUGCUUAUAACAAUGCGCCUAAGAGUAUGAAGACCCUGGUCCAAGCAAUCUGGCUCGCCAUGGCUGGGAUCGGAACAUGUCUUGCCCUGGCCUUCACCCCGCUCACCAAGGACCCACAUCUUGUCACAAUGUAUGCCAUCCUAACCGGGCUUCUGGGUGGAGCGACCAUUCUGCUAUGGGUUAUAUUCCGAGGCUUGGACAAGUCGGAGAUCAAGGAGGACGUUGAGUAA